GAAUCGUGAUGGGGAAUUGGUGAAAGGGAAGGGAAGGAUAGAGAGAAAAGAAGAGAUAGGACUGAGUCGAGAGAGAAAGAAACAAAGUCUUCUUCCCUAUUUUCCUCAUUUCUUCAAAACCUUCAUCCAUGGCGUCCCGUCUCUUUCUCCUCUUUCUCUUCACAAUUUCCCUCUCAAUUCCCUCUCAUGCUCGCCCUUGCAAAUCCCUCUUCCUUUCCUUUUCCCUUCUCCGUCACCCAUCUCUCGAUUCCCGCCAUCCCUUUUCCCAGAUGGCCAUUAUCGUCGACAUUACUGAGUUCAAAUCAUCCUCCUUUUCCUCUUCCACCGAUCCCCUUUUCCCCUCCCUCCCCGACGACUCCGACAUCCUCCGCUUCGAUCUCCCUCGCCCUAGGCCUGUUGCUGCUGCAACCCAAACCCACUCCCUUCAACACCUCCCUUACGACUUCACCUCUCUCCGUGAUCGCACCAAGGAUAUCCUCAGCGUUGUUGUCGCUUUGCUCUUCGGCGUUGGCUGUGGCGCUCUCACUGCUGCCACUAUGUAUUUGGCUUACUCGUUGUUCGCUGGCCAAUUUGGGAAUCGCUCCUCCGUGUAUGACGAUCUUGGGGAGGAAGAUGAUCUUAGUGACGAUAACAAGGAGAAUAUUAAGAAGAUGGGUUACAUCAAGAUCCCUGACGACGUUGCCCCCGUUAAAUCAGUGAGUUUGAUGGUUGCCUCACAGGGUUAGACAACGUGCACGAUGUGCGCAGCGGAUAUUUUAACUGGAGGAUCCCUACUUAACAGUUGACUUGUGUUGGACUUCAUCAGCCCUUUCCUUUAUAUAUGUUCUCUUUUCAGUUCAACCUUUUUAAUUAAAUUCUUUUAGGCUAUUUACAGGGACCUGUAUUUUUAGAACCUCUCUAAUGGGUUACUUAUCCACAACAUUGUUAAUUUAAGGUUAAUUUUUCCUCAUGUGAUGCCUUGAAACAA